AUGAAGCUAGGUCACAAGCAGAUCGCUAGUGAAGGGGAAGUGCAGGUCGAGCUUCAAGCAAUACAGAUCCGCGAAUGGGACCUGGGUUUGUGCGAGACAGCCCAGAUUCACCUGCUCAGUCUCGGUAGCCACUCCCACUUCUUCACCAUAAGGGGCUACCACAUCUCCUGGAAGAGGCAGUACCGUGCAUUUGUUGAGGCGCAGCGAGAACACCACAGGGCCGGGGCAUUUAAGAACGGGUUGAAAGAGCUUUGGAACAUCAUCGGCCCCAACCGUCCGCCCAUCCAGUCGUUCACAUUCGCGAAGUCCCAAACCCGCUCUGCGACAAAUACCUUUGGCCAAGCUGAAGCUCGUGCGCCCCUUGAUUGUGCCACGACCGACAGAUUCCGGUCGUUUGCUCCCAGCAACGGCGGUAAGCUAUUCCACGUGCACUUAGCCGUGCUGCAGGGGCUCGUGUUCGGUCUCCUGCCCGAGACAGUCGACAUCAUCCUUGGAAUGACCGACGGGGGGCGUGUGGAUGACCGCUUUGCCAACAGAUUGUGCCUGUUCCUGAACCUGGUACCGGUCCAUUUGAAGCGUAGCUGUAGCAGCAGCGGCAGGGGCAGUGGAAAUGAGGCUCUUCAUCGACUGCCGCCAAGCCUGCACGAGCGGUCGAUCUUUGGCGGCUACAAGGUCGGUGAUGAGCUGUUCGUGGAUGCUCGCAACGAGUGUCACUUGACGUUGGGCAUUUUGGACCACCCCCAGAGCGGUUCGUCCUUGACGCUGUGUUUGGCGACAGGAUUAUACACCAAGGGAAACGGGCAGCUACUGGUGCGCUCGAUGGUCGACGUGUUGGAGAUGUUUGCCACGGGUGUCGACGGUGAGGUGCCAAGUCUGUCGACGUAUGUGCCGCCCAAAGAGAUCGAGGCCAGUCUCUGCACUGGCAAAGGUCAGAACAUCACUGACUCUAACAUUGCCGAUCGUACCGAUACUAUGGACGAGUUUUCCAAUGCCACCACCAGGACAAUCCCCACUCCCGUCACAACUCCAAACUCCCUGGUCGUCGUCGCUGUGAUCCCGGCCCCUCCCCCCCCCUCCCCUGCCCGCCCCCAUCCCAACCGCCGCCGCUACGACCGCGACCACCCACGGCUCGUCGCUCAACCCCACAAAGUCUACACGAAAACGUAUUACUAG